CUGGUUUUAGACUCGGGUGACGAGAGCGGGAAGGCGCGAGAGGAGGCAGGCGCUGUCCUCGCUGCACAGAGGCGGGUCUGAGGCACGGCAGCGGCGCCCGGGGGGACCCUGAAUCUGAGUCGUGGACGGGGAUGCCCGGGUCCCGACCUGGUCCUCGGCUCCCGGCCCCGCUCCGCCCCCCGAGGCCGAUGGCGGCGGCCGCGCGGAGGGAGCUGGCUCAGGGAACAGCUGUGACGGGACGAGUCACACGUGGAAAGGCAGUCAUAGCGGUUGUGCCUUCCUUCUGAGGGCGCUGGUGGCUACGGAGGGUUGCGAACAGGAACUCCAUCUGUUUCUCAAAGUGUUCCAGAGGCUUCUCCGGAAAACAGACUGGGAUAGGGGUGAUGAGGUUGGAGACAAGGAGACCUGUGAGGAAGUCAGUACAAUAGACUAAUAGUUCUGGUGGGGACCGGACCAUGAUGGUAGUUGUGGCGGUGGGGAGGGGAGGAAUGAUCAGAUCUCUGAUGGGUUGUAAAAACUGAACAGACAGGAUUUCCUGCUGCAUCAGAUGUAGCUGUGAGAGAAAGUAGGGAAUGAAGGACCAUCCCGUUUUUUUCGAUUUGCAUUUUUGUCUGUUGUUUCCUUACUAUCUGGAAGGAUGGAGAUGGGGAAGUGGACACAGGGAGCAGGUUUCAGGGAAAAGAUUAGGAAUGGGAUUUUGGACAUGGUAAUCCUGAGAUAACCUAGAGGAGUGAGUGAGUGAGCAAGUGAGUAGUCUGCUCACUCACAUCUGGAUUUCUCCGGAGAGGGCUGGAGGUAUCCAAGGGAUGGUGGGUAGUGGCCUGGACCAGGGCAAGGUCGGGCUCAUAUUUAGGAGGAGAAUCUUAAAGUUUUUAUUUCAGAUGGGCCUGCAGGGUGGGGCUGCCUCCGGAAGGCUGGAUUCCUGUGGUCCAAAAUGGUUCUAGCUGGUGUGUGCAGGAGUGGAGGGUUAUAGGGUGUAAGGAUCCAGGGCUGGGAUGGAGACUGAGAUGUUCCGUGGUGUAGAUUUCCCACUCCAGGCUCAGCAGGCCCACAUGUCUACGCUUUGUGGAGAAAAGGAAAGCUCAGCCAGGCUAGUGGAGAACCCCCUUGGUGCCUAAGUUCCCGCAGCCUUCAGGGCAGGAGGGAUGAGCAACUGCUGCAAUGGAAAGGCCUCCAGCAAGACUGCCUUCAGAAUAGUACAGCAGGCAGCCACAUUGCCAACAGGACUAAGAUCUGCUCGGGUUCCUCAGGCCCAAGCUCCCAGUUUAUUAACUUAUUCCUGUGGCUGCGGAAUCACUUCCAUACCAUGCAGAGGGUCACGUGACCUUUGAGGAUGUGGCUGUGUACUUCUCCUGGGAGGAGUGGGGGUUCCUUGAUGAAGGCCAGAGACUCCUAUACCACAAUGUGAUGCUGGAGAACUUUGCACUGAUGGCCUCUCUGGGACUUGCAUCUUCCAGGACCCAUGAAGUUACCCAGUGGGAGCGGUGGGGAGAGCCCUUUGUGCCUGCCUGUGGAGUCAUGACUGCAGCAAUGCCAAGAGGUUGUUGGCAUGGAGCAGAGGUUGAGGAGGCACCUUCUGAGCAGAGUGUUUAUGUAGGAGUCCUCAGAGCAAAGCUUCACCAAUACCAGAAGCUGCACUGUGGAGAGAAACUCUUAAGAAAAGAGACAGAGGAGGGUGAGAAGGACUCCCCAACUACCUCUGGUCUUCUCAGGCAUCAGCUGGCUCACAGCGGAGGGGAGUCACACAGGAGCACUGAAAGCGAGGAGGCCUUUCACCCUGUUAAAAGGCAUUACAAAUGCGGCGAAUGUGGGAAAGCCUUUGGUCAGAAAUACUUACUUGUUCAGCACCAGAGACUACACACUGGAGAAAAGCCUUAUGAAUGCAGUGAAUGUGGGAAACUAUUUAGCCAUAAAUCUAACCUUUUUAUACACCAAAUAGUUCACACUGGUGAAAGGCCUUAUGGGUGUAGUGAAUGUGGAAAAUCCUUUAGCCGCAAUGCCGACCUCAUUCAACACCGCAGAGUUCACACUGGAGAAAAGCCUUUUACGUGCAGUGAAUGUGGAAAAGCCUUCAGGCAUAAUUCCACACUUGUUCAGCAUCACAGAAUCCACACUGGAGUAAGGCCUUAUGAGUGCAGUGAAUGUGGGAAAUUCUUUAGCUUUAACUCAAGCCUCAUGAAACAUCAGAGAGUUCACACUGGAGAAAGACCUUAUAAGUGCAGUGAAUGUGGGAAAUUCUAUAGCCACAAGUCAAGCCUUAUUAAUCAUUGGAGAGUUCACACUGGAGAAAGGCCUUAUGAGUGCAGUGAAUGUGGGAAAUUUUUUAGCCAAAGCUCUAGCCUCAUGCAACACCGAAAAGUUCACACUGGAGAAAAGCCUUUUAAGUGCAAUGAAUGUGGAAGAUUCUUUAGCGAGAAUUCUAGCCUCGUUAAACACAAGAGGGUUCACACUGGAGCAAGACCUUAUGAGUGCAGGGAAUGUGGGAAAUUUUUUCGCCACAGCUCCAGCCUUGUUAAACAUCGGAGAAUUCACACUGGAGAAAUGCCUUAUGAGUGCAGUGAUUGUGGAAAAUCGUUUAGCCAGCGUUUCAACCUCAUUCAACACCAGAAAGUUCACAGCGGAGAAAAGUCUUGAAGGCAGCUAAUGUAGAAAAGCCUUUAACCAAAGGUCUGCUCUGAUCCAUCAACAGAAACUUCACAACUCAGAUAGGCCAUAAGAAUACAGUGACCAUGAAGAAGGGCUUCAGCCAAAGGCUUCACCUUGUUCAGCACCAUAAAGUUCAGACUGGAGGAAGGCCUUAGGAGUGCAGAGCAUGGGCUGUCUCCUAGUCAGCCUAACUUAAAACAGAGAAGCUCUGUGAGUAGCCUUUAUGAGGGAGCCAGCAAGUGAACAUCAUUCAUCCAAAUAUGCACACUGGCUGCAGGAUGAGAGUUGCUGACAUCCUGCCCCUCCUCAGAAGAUAGCGCUCUGCCUGGGACCUCUAGGGAGAGAGAGCCCUGUGUUCUUGGCUGUAUCAGGCUGGAGUGAUGUUUUCAUCUGUCUGAGUUUGGAGGGAGGAGAGAGGGAGUGGUCUUGGUUCAAGUGCGACUGGUGCUUGCUGUUUUUACUGAAUAUUAGGUUUUCUUGAAUAAAUGUUUCUUCAUCUGCUGUAUACCCUUAGGACCAUUUCCAGAGACUUUAAAUUGUGUUUUAUAAUUUUCACCAGUUUUAAUGGGCAGCAGGCCCACAGAGCAUCUCACACUGUCAUGCUGGAAGCUGGUCCAAAUAUUUAACUUUUUAAGAAACUGCCAGAUUGUGUUCUAAGUGGUUAUGCCAUUUCACAUUUCCUCUUGGAGUAUAUUAGAUUUUCAGUUUUUUCACAUCCUUGUUGACUGUUGUGUGUAAGAUGUGGGCUAUUCAUUUUAGCCAUUCUAGUAGAUGCAUAGUGGUAGUUCAUUAUAGUUUUAAUUUGCAUUCUCUAAUGGUCAGUGUUGAGCAUUUUUCCCUGUUUACUUGCUAUCCAUGUAUCUUCUUCAGUGAAUUAUCUGUGCAUAUUUUUGCCUGUUAUUAAAAGAAUUGUUUUAUGAUUUUUUAA